AUGUCGCAACGGGACCGCGAUUCGUUUGGCCGCGUCCUGAGCGCAGGAUCAAGCAAGACGCAAAAGACCAACGAGACGCAGAGCAGGGAUAUACAAGCCAGCUCAGCCCGCCGCGAUAGUUUGACGCAAUCGCUCAUCGGUCGUUCCUACUACAGCGCUAGCCAUAUGGCCCCACAGUCUUUGAGUGCAGCUCAACAUAUGCCACAUACUGCUGCCGACGUCCGGCUUGAUACACAAAAAUUAGCUGCCAGAGCUUCUGUCUCGGCGCAUUCACCCGUAUCGCCGCGCCAGAAGCACGCUGAGGACUUUGAUCCAAGGCGUGGCAGCAUCACACGUACUGUUUCUCCAGGCAAUGACGCCAUCGAAGAGGUUUCUGAGCCAGUAUCUCCUGAGUCGACCUUUCGUGAUGGUGCAAAUGGCUCUGGGCUGGCUCAACUCUUGCGCUCAUCCCCCACAGAUGCGUCAAAGUCAGCGCUGGUAGAGCAGGGUGUGACUGAACAUUCUAUUGUGCAAACUCCACGACAAAUGAGUGAGAAUACAGCGCUUCUAUCGGACGAUGACCAUAGUCCACGACCAAAAGCGGGCCGAUAUAACACAGCUCCACAUUCGCCUCGUGAUCUAGAAGAGGCAAUCGAAGAUCCACAGGCAGACAAGAAUCUGCAGCAAGUCAAGCGCUGGGCAAAAGCAAAGAUGAAGUGGUCAAGGAUCAAAGAUAUCGAGAUGACUCCCAAGUCAGUCGUCAAAGGCAGCACUACGAUCAUUGGCUUCUUGCCUGCCGUUGUGCUCGGUCUUCUGCUCAACAUUCUCGACGCAUUGUCGUACGGCAUGAUCCUUUUCCCCUUGGGUACACCAAUAUUUGCAAACCUCGGAGCGGAUGGUAUAUCCAUGUUUUAUGUUUCUUGCAUCAUCUCGCAACUCGUCUUUUCACUCGGCGGAAGUGUCUUCAAGGGAGGUAUCGGCUCAGAAAUGAUUGAGGUUGUGCCGUUCUUUCACCAAAUGGCACUCAGUAUCAUGGCCGACAUUGGUGAAGACAAGCCAGAUGCUGUGAUUGCCACUACCAUCUUGGCUUAUGCCAUCUCGUCCAUCGUCACUGGCCUGGUGUUCUUCUCCCUAGGCUACUUCAAACUAGGUUCACUGAUCGGCUACUUCCCUCGCCACAUCCUUGUUGGCUGUAUCGGCGGAGUUGGUUGGUUUCUGUUUGUCACUGGCCUUGAGGUCAGCGCUCGCUUAGACGGCAACCUUGAGUAUUCACUCAAGACGCUACAGCAUUUGUUCGAAGGUCACACCGCUCUGCUCUGGUCCAUUCCGCUAGGACUGGCCAUCAUACUGGAAAUUUUGCAGCGUCUGCUCUCGCAUCCACUUGUGGUGCCACUCUACUUUUGCGCCAUUCCUUUAGUGUUCUACAUCGUGGUGGCUGCUGUCCCAAGCCUGCAUCUGGAGACGCUCAGAGAGGCUGGCUGGGUCUUUGAGGCGCCCGAGGCCGGCAAGGCUUGGUACGAUUUCUACACGCUGUACAAGUUUGGCGUUGUUGAUUGGGGUGCUCUGGCCCGCACAUUCCCUGCCAUGUUGGCCUUGACCUUCUUUGGUGUUUUACACGUUCCCAUCAACAUCCCUGCGCUUGGCGUGUCUACCUGCGAGGACAACGUCGAUGUCAAUCGAGAGCUGAAGGCACACGGAGUUUCGAAUGCUCUCUCUGGCAUGUUUGGCUCCAUUCAAAAUUACCUGGUCUACACCAACUCCAUCCUCUUCAUCAGGUGUGGUGGCGACAGUCGCGUUGCUGGUGUUAUGCUGUCAAUUGGCACAGCUGCCAUCAUGUUUAUCGGACCGACACUCGUUGGCAAAAUUCCAAUCAUGGUUGUUGGUGCACUCAUCUUCCUCCUUGGCAUGGAUUUAUUGAAAGAGGCACUCAUUGACACGAUUGGCAAGGUACACUUGUUUGAAUACCUGACCAUUGUUGUCAUUGUCGUCACAAUGGGUGUUUUCGACUUUGUCCUGGGCAUUGUUGUUGGCAUUAUUCUCGCCUGCAUCUUCUUCGUCGUUCAAACAAGUAAAAAAUCGCCUAUUCGAGCUCACUAUUCAGGGGCGAGCGCCAUGUCGACAGUCAGACGACCUCCCGUACAGCAACGGUAUCUACGAGAUGCUGGCCACCAGGUCCAAGUCUACAAGCUCUCUGGCUACAUGUUUUUUGGGUCUGUCAGUUCCGUUGAAAAAAUUGUGCGAGAGUAUGUUGAAGAACGACGCUUCAAGUCGCAUCCAAUCCGCUUUCUGGUGCUUGAUCUGACACUCGCGAAUGGUAUGGACUUUUCUGCAGCAGAGGCUUUUACGCGUAUGCGCCGUCUCCUGUCCACGCGUGAUAUCCAUCUGGUGAUAUGCGGUUGCCGUGCCGGUGGUGAAAUCAUGUCGAGCUUGCAAGGGAUUGGUCUGCUGAAUGAGGAUUCCGAUGUCGAGAUUUACGACGACUUGAACUCUGCACUCGAAGGAUGUGAGAACAAGCUGCUCGAGGCAUUCUAUACCUUGGAGGAGCAUAUGAGUCCGCAAACGGCAUCGUCCAACGAAUUGGCUGUCCCACAAGUCAAUCAGUCGUCGCUCGAGAUGGCGCACUCGCCCCGAGGAGCGCUCUUAUCAAAGGCCGCCACAAACACCUUGUCAAAGCACAAGCAGAAUGCUGGUCCUCCUUCCAAGAUGAGCUUUGCGGCUCCCUUGCCACUUCUGUUGCAAGUCUUUCAAGAUUCUACGGACAAGCGCGAGGACUUUUGGCACCGAGUUUGUCCAUUCUUUGUUCGAGAAGAGGUAGCCGGCGGCAAAAUCUUGUGGAAGGAGCACACGGAGGCGACUUGCUUCUAUGUUGUUGAGUCUGGCAUGAUUCGCGCCACAUACCGGCUCGAGGCUGGGUUGCACGUUGAAAGUAUCACGUCUGGCACUGUCUGUGGCGAGCUGCCCUUCCUUGCGGGCAUGCCACGGACUGCUCAGCUGGUGACGGUGUCUGACUGUGUGCUUUGGAAGCUGGACAAACAAGGUUGGGACAAGAUGCAGCAGAUGCCGGGUGGACUUGAAUUGGCUCUCGAGUUGCAAAAGAUUGGCUUGCGCCUGACGAGCGAGCGUCUUGGUGCUUUCCUGUCAUAUGGAUUGACAUAG